UACUGCUCGGUGGACACGAGCCCACUGUCGAACUACAUCUCACAUCCGUUCUGGGACCGAAUUGUACAGUUUUAUCCGAUAUGGCUGGCGCCGAAUUUGCUGACGUUAGCUGGAUUCGGAUUUGUAUUGUUUUCAUUUUUAGUCGUCUCCUAUUUUGAUUAUUAUUUACGUGCUAAUUCGGAUGUUCUCACCGAAGGAGCAAUUCCGAAUUGGGUCUGGUUGCUGUGUUCAGUCUGCACAUUCUUUGGUCAUGUACUGGAUGGUACAGAUGGCAAGCAAGCACGGCGCACAGGAUCAUCCGGACCCACCGGGGAAUUGUUUGAUCACGGCUUGGAUUCGUGGUCCACAGUUACGUUCACUGUAACGCUUUUUUCAAUCUUUGGGCAAGGCGAAUUUAGUGUGCCGCUGAUUCGGCAGCUAAUGGUGCUUAUCAGUGUUCAAGUUGUAUUCCUUGUUUCACACUGGGAGAAAUACAACACCGGUACCUUAUAUUUAUCUUGGGGAUAUGAUGCCAGUCAAUACGGGCUUACUUUAUUUUAUUUGUUCACAUUUUUUAAACGCUACGAAUAUUUCAAAUUUUAUGUUUUCGAUGGUUUUACGCUUGCUGUUUGCUUCGAAUUUGGAUUUUAUCGUAAGUUGUUUUCCUCGUUAUUUUCAUUCGAUCUUGAGGCGCCAGCAAACCUUAUUCUGUCACUGGUUGAGGGCCUGCACAGUAAAAAGUAG